AUGGCUCCCACUAUUCAUUUGGUCCGCCAUGCUCAAGGUUUUCAUAACCUGUCCCACGAGAAUGAGCAGCUUCCAGACCCUGAUUUGACACCGUUGGGAGAGGAGCAAUGCAAGAAACUGCAGCAGCACUUUUCGGAACAUGAGAAGAUCACGCACCUGGUUGCGUCCCCCAUGCGCAGAACGCUAUACACCUGUCUACUCUCAUUCGAGCCUGCGGCAAAGAGUGGCAAGAAGGUCAUCGCCCUCCCGGAUGCUCAGGAGGUUUCCAGGCAGCCUUGUGACAUUGGCUCAGAGCCCGCCAAGAUAAAGGCCGAAUUCGGGGACAAGGUGGAUUUCUCCCUGGUUGCGGAUGGCUGGAACGACAAGUCACCCGAGAGCAAGUAUGCGCCGGAUGCUGAGAAACUAGACCAGCGGGCGCGGGAUGUCCGUCUCUGGCUUCAGGAUCUGGCCAAGAAGGCUGGCGACGACGCUCACAUCGUCUUGGUCACCCACGGUGGUAUUCUGCACUUCAUCACGCAAGAAUGGGAUGAUAUCAUGCCUGGACGAGGUACGGGCUGGGAAAAUACCCAGUGUCGCUCAUACGAGUUCAGAGACGCGACAUUGAAGGACCCAGAUGCCGCGCUGCGGGAACUCCAGUCCAGCUGGCGGCAACGUCGUGGCGAUGCCAUCCCCUUGACAGAUACGGAGCAGAGACAAGCGCGUGCUGCCUUUUCCCACAAUAUCGAAGCGGGCUUGCAAAAUGCAAAGAACUAA